AUGAACAUGACGGCCGGAAAGCAGGACAAGACUACGGUCGUACUGCCAGACCUGUUCAAAGGUUUUGUUGUUCAAACACCUCGUGUCAACAAAGGCUAUGAGGCAGUCAAGCCAGUCUCUGAACAAUGGCUUUCAGAAAAGUGCCAGUUCUCUCCUCGGAUGAAGAAAAGAGUCGAGUUUUGUGACUUUGCUCUUUUCAUCUCUAUUGCGGCUCCUGAUGCACCUCAUGAUAAACUCAAGACUAUGUGCGAUUGGGGUAACUGGGUAUUUCCGUUUGAUGAUUUGUUUGAUGAAGGGUCAUUGAAGAAUGCUCAAACUCAGGCUCAGUUUGUUGUCGAUAGUCUCAUGGCAGACAUGCUGGGCAAGACCUUUACCAAGAAGAAGAUUCGUGUUGUGCAAGCUCACGAUGAUAUUUUUCGAAGAGUUUCCGAGGGCUCAACAGCUGGCGCUCGUACAAGAUUUGCUCUCACUAUGAGAGACUACACAGACGGUGUCAUUCAUCAUGUGAAGCAUUUUUCUUCCAACAGUAUUCCAAGUAUUGAAGAAAUGCUUCAUACUAGGAGACUGUCAUCUGGCGUUACGCCUCUGUAUCAUCUUGUUGAAUUUGCUCAUGAUAUUCAAUUACCUGAUGAGGUGUUUGAGAACCCUGUCAUCCAAACGUUGGAACGUCUCGGUGUGGACUUUGUCUUGUUGGCCAAUGACAUCUUAUCCUACAGAAAAGAAGAGAACGAUGAUUGUCCUUUCAGCAUGGUCGCCUCUUGUCGAAUGGCUGGUCAAUCCCCACAAGAAGCAUUUGAUACUGUGGGUGCACUGCUCGAAGAACGAUACCAAGAAUGGCAAACGGUGAUAGCGGAACUACCAAGUUGGGGACCAGAAAUUGACGCUCAGGUGACACGAUAUGUCGAGGGCAUCCAAAACGUUGUUCAAGCUAAUGUCACAUGGAGCUUCCAAUCGGGGAGCAUGCUCAGCCCUAAAUUCCUCCAUACUUCCUCUUUCUUGUCCGAUUCUAGCGGCGUAACUAUUGCAGCCAUCCGCAAACUCAAAAUGUACCAGCAUCCCAGCUGGGGACCCUACCCCUCCCCAUAUUCACUGCAUCACCUGGAAACCCCCAACGACGUUUCACUAAAUGAUUGCAUCGCCAGUCUACAAUCUCAACAUAUACUAGACGUCCUCCCUUCCAAACCAACAUUAGAUGCUCUCAUAGAAUCAUUCUUUAGUGAUAUCAAUCACCACUACAGCAUAAUAAACCCAUCCUUGUUCAUACAGCAAUAUGUCGACUGGUCUACAAAGACAGAGCAAGAGCAGUACCAAGAUGCUCAGCUGACAACUCUAAUCUUCAUGAUUUGCGCUUGUGUUGCACAGCAGCUCCCGCAGGGUGAUGCAACCCAUCUAUCUGAGAGCUCGUCCACCGACUAUCAUAGCGCUGGACAAAGGCUUGCCAUGACGACAUCCGCUGGGUCGUACAGUUUGACAAAUCUCCAGUGGAAGGUGCUCUCAAUAUGCUGGUUCCAGGGUGAAGCCAGGUUUAUCGAGGCAUGGCACACAAUCGGGUUGGCGAUACAAGAAGCAUACGAGUUGGGUUUUCAUGAAGCCCGGCCUUGCACAGCAGAGUCUAGAACAGAGGCACAGAUCGGAAGACAAAUCUGGCGGACAUUGCAUUGCUGGAACUGGCAACUAUCCUUGACUCUGGGACGUCCUAUGAUAAUGAACGAUAUCGACUCAGAUCCUGAUGUGGAAGUCAAUCUGGCGACCGUACCACCAUCCCCGACACUCUCUACAAGGCUACAAUACGAGCUUGUAUCAUCUCUUUCCAAGCGCUGGCAUACACCCCAUCGUAUCGACUCACCAAUGGAAAUCCGCAUCCAUCGCCAAAUGGUUGAGGCAUACCUACAAUCUUUGCCACCUGUCUACAGGAUAGACAACACUGACACAACCAAUGAUAAAAAAUGGCCAUGGCUCAUAACACAUCGUUACUACGUCCAAGCCAUGGCGUAUUUCAUGAUUCUUCAACCAUAUAAAGCAUAUUUGUCAAAUUCGUCCAUAGAUCCAACGCUGCCAGAGGUUCAGAAGAUGCAUCAAGAAGCAACACAGUAUUCUUUGAAGGCACUGAACAUAGCUGGGCGUUGGUCAUUGCACGCGAUGGAUGGAGAUGUGCACUUCCAUCUUGCUGUACUAUGUCUUUUCGACACGGCUGCAUUUCUGGGUACAACUCUGACCAGAGACAAUAUGUUGCAAAAGGUAGAGGUGAUGGCGGCGAUUGAAAAUGCCACUGCAGCAUUGCAGCAGCUCGGGAGGGCAUCGCAAGGUGCAAAGACGUCGCAUGUUCUUCUUGGCCGUAUUCUCAAAGGGGCAGCAGAUCGAGCGAAAUGA